AGGGACAUCGUCUUGGAGAUACCUCCACCUCUCUUGGGUGGUCCCAACAGGACUGAAAGCAACGCCAUUCAUCCAAUUUACCUCAAAGGCGACUUGUACCCUUGGUCUGGAUUCAGGCAGGAGGUUAUCAAUCAUUGGCAAAGCUACCCUUGGAGAGCAAUGCCUGCAGCUCUGGCAGCUCAAACAUUUCCCCCGACUACAGCGACUACAAACACGGAGUUUGUUUAUGCUGCGGACGAAAAUGGUCUGCAGGAUCGGUGGAACCAGAAUAUUGGCCAGAUAAUGGGAGUCGUGUUUGACUCUCAGCGUAUGGACAUGCGGCUUGCGGACUUCAAAGCCAACCUGAGCGACUGCACCGAAGUUCUCGACUCGGUGAUCUGCACGACCGGGGGGCAAGCGAUUGCGGUGGGGGAGUUUACGGUCUUUUGGGUAGAUAGCCACGAGUUCCAGAUAGCUGAGUAUAUGGCCGCCCUCGGGCUCAAGCACGGCUACCUAUCCAUCUAUAACCAAACCAUCUUCCUUAAGGUGGAGGUUCCUGCGGGUAAGCGAUACACCGGGCUCUUCUACUCCGAUGUAAUUAAUCGGUCGGAUACGUCUGUCACCCUUCGGCAAGCUUUCUUCUACUUCGCCAUCAAGACACGCAGCGAUAUCUAUCAUACUGUCCAGAUCUCGAGGAACGCCCAGUGGACUGUAACGGGCAAGAAAUUUGUGAAUACCUAA